AUGGCUACAGUUUCAGAAGGCUGCUUGCUCAGUGAUGGUGGCUGCCUGGUGGCUCGUAUGGUGGCAGUGAUUGCAGCAACAGCAGUUGCAGAAGCUGCCUGCUUGGCUGCAGUGUCCACAGUGGUGGCCUGCACAACUACAGUGCCUGCAGAAGCAGCAGGGUUACCUUGCAGUGGUGGCAGUGGUGUAGGUGGCUUGGCAGUGGGGGUUACCUCAUGGGGAGGAGGAGCAGAGGCACCAGUGGCUGUAACUGUCUCCCUCAUGUCUGCAGUGUCUGUAGCAGCAAUGGGGUUUCCUCAUGGGGGCAGCAGCAGUGCCAGCAACUGCAAAAGACUGAUGGAACAAAACAAUGAAACGUCUGGAGAUGAUUUUAUUUUGCUUGGUUUCUCAGACCAGCCCCAGUUGGAGGUCAUUCUUUUUGUGGUAGUUUUGAUAUCCUAUCUUCUGACCCUGGUGGGCAACACAGCCAUCAUCAUGGUCUCCUGCCUGGACUCCAAACUUCACACACCUAUGUAUUUCUUUCUCACAAAUCUCUCCUUCCUUGACCUUUGCUUCAGUACCAGCAUUGUCCCCCAGCUAUUGUGGAACAUGAAGGGACCAGCCAAGACCAUCACACACACUGGCUGUGCCAUACAACUCUAUGUGUCUCUCUCUGUGGGUUCCACAGAAUGUGUUCUCCUUACAAUCAUGGCAUUUGACCGCUACAUAGCUGUCUGCAGACCUCUCAAUUACAGUACUGUUAUGCACACAUCAUUUUGCAAGGCCUUAGCAGGAAUAGCCUGGCUAAGUGGAGUAGGAAACAGUCUCAUCCAAGGCACCAUCACCCUUCAGCUUCCUCGAUGUGGGCAUCGCCAUCUCCAGCACUUCCUGUGUGAGAUGCCUGCCAUGAUCAAUUUGGCAUGUGUUGAGAUUCAUGCGAAUGAAGUUCAGCUUUUUAUGGCCACGUUAGUUCUCCUCCUUCUUCCUAUGGCAUUAAUAUUGGUCUCCUAUGGAUUCAUUGUGCAAGCCAUUAUAAAAAUUAAAUCAGUCCAAGCUUGGCACAAGGCCCUAAGUACCUGUGGUUCUCAUCUAUUGGUGGUGUCCCUCUUCUUUGGGACCAGCUCAGCCAUAUAUAUUCAACCAAAGAUAUCCUAUGGCCACAGCCAGGGAAAGUUCCUCACACUCUUUUAUACUGUUGUGACUCCAACCCUCAACCCCCUCAUAUAUACUCUAAGGAACAAGGAUGUGAAAGGAGCCCUGAAGAGACUGCUGAGAAAAGAACAAAAUUCCUAA